UACUUUACUCAAGGUCUCUAACUAUAGAAGGCAAAAGCGUACAUCGGCACCCAAUCGCAUCAAUUCUAAAUUUCCAGGACUUGGCGCGGGUGGCCCUCAGAUGGAUUCCACCAAAGAAAACACCUCCAACACGUCAACCGCUAGAGAAGAGAGAGAAAGCUCUGAGAAAAAAAUAUGGAUUUUCUCUGCUUUGCUCACUCUCCAAUAUGGUUCUCAGCCUUUGAUCUCCAAGCGCUUUACCGGGCGAGAUGUAAUCGUGACUUCAUCAGUUUUGGCAUGUGAAGUUGCAAAGGUUAUAUGUGCUUUCACGGUCCUCAUAUUCAAUGGUAGCUUGAAUAAAUUAUGCAAAGAUUGGUCUUUACUCAGGGCAUUGACCUUUUCUGGACUCCCAGCUGCGAUCUAUGCACUGCAGAAUAGUUUACUUCAGAUUUCUUACAAAAAUCUUGACUCCCUUACAUUUUCAAUGCUAAACCAGACAAAAUUAUUUUUCACAGCCUUCUUUGGGUAUAUGAUAUUAAGGCAAAAACAAUCAAUUCAACAAAUUGGAGCUCUAUUCCUUUUGAUCUUUGCUGCUGUACUUUUAAGCAUUGGUGAAGGCACAAGCAAAGCUUCUAAAAGCGGGAAUCCCGAAGAAGUGCUAUUUUACGGAAUUGUUCCUGUCUUGAUAGCCUCUGUGCUUUCAGGUCUAGCUUCUUCUUUGUGUCAAUGGGCUUCUCAGGUCAAGAAACACUCCUCAUAUUUGAUGACCAUAGAGAUGUCAAUUUUCGGAAGCCUGUGCCUGUUGGCCAGCUUGUCCCAGUCCCCUGAUGGAUAUGCUAUGAGAAAGCAUGGCUUCUUUUACGGAUGGACUCCUUUAACUCUGGUCCCUGUAGUAGCAAAUGCCCUGGGUGGAAUUCUUGUUGGGCUUGUCACAACUUAUGCUGGUGGUGUCAGGAAGGGUUUUGUCAUUGUUUCUGCGCUUCUUGUGACAGCCUUGCUGCAAUUCAUUUUUGAUGGUAUACCACCUUCACCAUACUGCCUUGUGGCUCUUCCCCUAGUGAUUACAAGCAUCUCAAUGUAUCAAAAGUACCCUUACCGUGCCAAAAAGAAGGAAGCUUAGACCUAAAUCGUUCUAAGUUGGGGAGGAUCAUUUUUUAUUUUUCUUGCCUCAACUGUAUGUCUUGUAUGGUGAUCUGUUCAGAUUAUAAUUCCUCUGGCAGACACGUGAUGUCAAUGCUGUAGGCAAAAAACUAAUAUGCAAGCAUUCUGUUUCUUUUUCUCUAUUCAUUAGAAUUUGUAUUAAAGUCUGUCGGACAUGCCUAAACCGUUAUAUGAUGAAUAUUCAUUCACUAGAAUGUAUAGCUGAAUGUCUUUUACCUGACAUCCGAAUGACUUUUUUUUGGAUAUCCAGGCUUCAUUUGGUUGUCAGAACUGGAAAUUGUAACUAAUCUAUAUGACUGAAUGAAGUAUGUCUGUGUUUCAAGUCUUCA